AUGAAUUGGGUCAAGCGCGCUAUACGCGUCAUGAUAUGCGUCGCGAAGCUCAUCGCCUCCGGCAUCCGCAGCGAAUGCGAGGGCCUCUUCGCAGCUGCAGAGCGCCUCUUCAAGCAAGCUGCCGCUCAGAUCGAAGGCCUUCUGCCGGACAUUGAUUGGGAGGCCCUACUUCAGCACGCCAAAACGCACUUCAAGGAUUUCGCUACGAAAACCUGGAAUUGGGCCCAAGAGCACCCAUGGCAGGCGGGCUUCAUCGUCCUCGACAUCCUUACCAUUGUAGUUGCCCCAGUAGUUGCGCCUAAGGUGUUGGCAGCUGUUGGCUUCACAGCUGUGGGUCCUGCCGCUGGAACUGCCGCCGCAGCCAUGCAGUCCCUCAUAUCUCCCGUUUCUGCCGGCAGCAUCUUCGCCAUCAUGCAAAGCGCUGCAAUGGGUGGCUACGGUCUGGCUAUCGUGGUUGGUUCCAUUCAGACUGCUGCUGCUGCUGGGCUAGGCGUGGCUCUGUGGAAGUUCUUUCGUGGCAAAGGUGGCGACGACGACGACAAGAUCAAGGUCACUUAA